AUGGCCUUCAAUGGCUGCCGGCGGUCUGCGCAGCCGCCAUUUGCAUUGGGCACGCGACGCUGGAACUCGUCGUCUGCUGCUGGUACGCCGUUGCCCCUGGAGGGAUACCGUGUGCUGGACAUGACCCGAGUCCUUGCCGGUCCCUAUUGCACCCAAAUUCUAGGUGAUCUGGGGGCCGAAGUCAUCAAAAUUGAACACCCUGUGCGCGGUGACGACACCAGAGCCUGGGGCCCUCCAUAUGCCAAGUACACGGAAGAGUCUGGCAAGUCGGGUCCUGGUGAGGCGGCUUACUUCCUGGGCGCAAACCGUAACAAAAAGUCCAUUGGCCUUUCAUUCCAACACAAAGAGGGUGUCGAUAUUCUGCACAAGCUUGUCGCGAAGUGCGAUAUUCUGGUGGAAAACUACCUGCCCGGUACUCUGAAGAAGUACAGUAUGGACUACGAGACGCUUCGGAAGAUUAAUCCCAGCCUCAUCUAUACUUCAAUUACCGGCUACGGCCAAACCGGCCCCUACUCCAGCCGCGCCGGAUACGAUGUCAUGGUCGAGGCCGAAUUUGGCCUCAUGCACAUUACCGGCGCUCGCGACGGGCCCCCUGUAAAGGUUGGCGUCGCCGUCACUGAUUUGACCACUGGUCUGUAUGCCAGCAACAGCAUAAUGGCGGCGUUAUUAGGAAGAGGCAAAAGCGGAAAGGGGCAGCAUAUUGAUGUCGCCCUGAGUGAUUGCCAGACUGCCACUCUCGCAAACAUUGCCAGUAGCUGCCUCAUCAGCGGCAAGAGGGACACGGGUCGAUGGGGGACUGCACACCCUUCUAUCGUCCCGUACAAGUCAUUCAAGACCAAAGAUGGCGACAUUCUCUUUGGCGGCGGUAACGACCGCCUAUUCGGCGUCCUCGCCGAGGGCCUCGGCAUGCCCCAGUGGAAGGACGACCCCAAGUACAAGACCAAUGCUGACAGAGUCUCCAACCGUGUCGAGCUCGAGGACAAGAUUGAGACCAUCUCGCAGCAAAAGACUACCAAGGAGUGGCUCGCCGUCUUCGAAGGCAAAGGCAUGCCCUACGCCGCCGUCAACGACGUCCAGGACACGCUCAACCUCGAGCAUACCAAGGCCCGCAACAUGGUCAUCGAGGUCGAACACGGUGAUUGCGGCCCGAUGAAGCUGGUCAACUCGCCGGUUAAGUUUUCCGAGACUCAACCGGGCGUGCGAACGCCGCCGCCCACUCUCGGCCAACACACUAACGAACUCUUGUUGGAGCACCUCGGCAUGAGCGAGGCCGACAUUGCUGUGUUGAAAGAGCAAGGUGUCAUCGGUUGA